GUCACCUGUUGCUGGAGGAUCUGUAACAUUAAUUAUGUUCAUCAUGUUUAAGUGUUUAUUUUUAUCAACACACAAACAGAAAUACAACGAUAUUUUCUAAAUUAAGUGGUGCAUGAUUACAAAAGUGUACCUCGUAUGUGACAGGGUUCAAAUGGAGCUCUAUGAUUGGCUGAGUUGUCGACACAGGAAGCUGGUAUCCUGCAUGGCGUCUGCCGCUGUAGUGUUUUUGUUGUCGUUGUUGCUGCUGCUUCCUACUGGAUUUGGCGAACCAACACCGGGCGUUCAGCGGGGUCAAGUGGAGCUGAGGCGCAUUCGCAGCCUCGCAACAAAUUCCAAAUACGGCGAGUGUUGGGCACGUGCGUUAGAAGAAGUAGACACACAUUGUGUGGACAUGACGUCAGAAUCACAAGGCCUCCUCGCGCUCAAAUUCACACACUGUCACUUGAGCAGCUCAGGCAGAAAUUUCCCAGAAUGCCCUGAAGGGUCAGUGGUCAGCAAGUGCACCGUUUCAAUGGACAAUGUGGCCUUCAAUACCUACACAGAGUUCUUCACGCACGCCCACACCAUUUGUCACUUCCUACAGUCUGAAGCCUGGCAAAACAGAGCUGAGAACAUCAUGCACAGGCUGACGGAGAGUUCUGCAGGUGUAGUAGAGCAGCUUGAGUCCACGAAGCAGAUGGCUGAGGAGCUGAUUGAAGCACAGAGUGUUGCCCUGCAGGCACAGCAGGAGAUCCUGGACAGUGGGGAGGAGCUUAGAGUCACCCUGAAAGACUCCACCCAAGGUCUUCGGUCAAUGUUCUCUGAACUGAGCAGUGUCUCUAAAGAGCAGCAGGUGGCGCUCUCUGAACUCUUCAGCAGAGUGUCCUUCCUCCAGAACUUCUUGAUGAUGGAGGCUCACAGUGUCACUUCUUGUCUGUACAAUGCUGCAGCCCUCUUUGCCUCCUUUCUUCUUACCUCCACCCAGCGCUCUUCCAGAGCCAGGUUUUCGUUGAUGGCCUUAGUGGGUUUGAACUUCUACCUGGAGAGGAAGAUCUACCAAUUUGUGACCAAUUCUGCUCAUCCUGAACACAAACACAUGGAGAUGGUCAGUUUUUAUGUCACCGUUUUGAGGAGGUUCUUAAUGGCCAUCGCGGUGUUUCUUCUCAUCUGGGUGUGCGCGCACUACACUGACCCUAGCCAGCAGUCUCUUCUGGUCCUGAAGCAGCUCCAGGAAACACAAUGUCGUCUGCAGGAGGCGCUGCAGCAAGCAGGUUUGGGCCCAAUUAAGACCAAAGACCCUCAGCUACAAGUAAAGAUAAGACAACAAGAGAUACUUAAGAAAAAUGGUGAAGAAGAGAAGACCAACAAAGUGUCUCCAAGCACAGAUUCAUCUGAUCUGGCACACCUGCCAGUCAUUGGUUGGAGCUCUGAUAUACUCCACAGAAGUACGCUGGUCACAACAGUGACAGACAUGUCAGUACAGCCUAUAAUUACCCAUGAUGCCUCAGCGAGCAGAGCCCGACGAUCUGGUCGGCACUCUUCCUACUCUUCUUCCUCCUCCCCUCUGGUCUACAGCAUCCUAGUGGAGGACAAGCAAAUUGACCAGGUCCAUCCUCGUUACAGCCUCAGGAGCAGGAAAUCUCUCAAUUUUUGAGUUCAUUUUGUGUACUACAGACUAUUUUUAAAAUGUCAAAUUACAAUAAAUCUA